AUGCCGCCCAAGAAGCAGGUCAAGGAGGAAAAGGUCCUUCUGGGCAGGCCUGGGAACAACCUCAAAAGUGGAAUUGUCGGUCUGGCCAAUGUUGGCAAAUCUACACUCUUCCAGGCCAUCACCAAAUGUUCGCUGGGCAAUCCUGCCAAUUUCCCCUUUGCUACCAUUGAUCCAGAAGAGGCUCGAGUCAUCGUACCAGACGCGCGAUAUGACUGGCUCUGCGAGCACUACAAACCGAAAUCCAGAGUGCCGGCAAACUUAACCGUCUACGAUAUUGCUGGCUUAACAAGAGGAGCGUCCACCGGUGCAGGGCUCGGCAAUGCCUUCUUAUCGCACAUCCGAGCAGUUGAUGCUAUCUUUCAAGUUGUCCGAUGUUUUGAUGAUGCGGAGAUCAUACAUGUUGAGGGCGACGUCAAUCCCGUGCGAGACUUGGAUAUCAUUUCCGAGGAGUUGCGGAUCAAGGACAUCGAGUUUGUGGAGAAGGCCAAGGAGAACCUGGCUAAGCAGACUAGAAGAGGUGGACAAAGUCUGGAGAUGAAAAAGCUGAAGGAAGAAGAGGCGCUCGUGGACAGAAUCCUGCAAUGGCUGAAAGAUGGCAAGGAUAUCCGGAAAGGCGAUUGGACACCGAAGGAGGUCGAGAUCAUCAAUCCACUCAUGCUGCUAACAGCCAAACCAGUCGUCUACCUCGUCAACCUGUCCGAGAAGGACUACAUACGACAGAAAAACAAGCAUCUACCCAAGCUAAUGGAGUGGAUCAAAGCCAAUGCUGCUGGCGACCCGGUCAUACCGAUCAGUGUUUCGUUCGAAGAGCGGCUUACUCGCUUCGAAACAGACGCCGAGGCGGAAGAGGACUGCAAGAAGCUCGGGACCAAGAGCGCUUUACCCAAAGUGAUCACGACCAUGCGUUCCGCGUUGAAUCUCGGGAGCUUUUUCACCACGGGAGCAGAUGAAGUGAGACAAUGGACGAUCAGGAAGGGAACCAAAGCACCGCAAGCGGCUGGUGUCAUCCACACGGACUUCGAAAAGACCUUCAUUCAAUGUAUCGUGUUCAACUACGAGACGUUACGCGAACUGGGAGAUGAAGCCGCGGUGAAAGCAGCCGGGAAGGUCAUGACCAAGGGUAAGGACUAUGUCGUGGAGGACGGUGAUAUCAUCCUCAUCAAAGCCGGUGCUGCAAAGGCUUGA